UGGUUUCAGGAACCUCCAACAAAGUUUCAGAAGAAAUUUUCUGAAAAGUUUCAGCAGUCUGAUCAGGAGUUUAUUGAUCAGAUCAGGAGAAGAUAUGGCAGGAUCUUUUUCUGUAGAAGAAUUUGUUGGUGAUGGAGUUCUUAAAGAGUUCAUUCCAAAGCUCGUUGAAGAAGGAUGGAGUGAUGUUCCAACAUUGAAGAUGAUGAGUUCUGAUGAUAUGGAGAGAUUCAAACUAACAAAGCAGCAGAAGGAUGCAAUGGAGCUUAGAAAACACUUGCAUGAUCAAUCCCUGAUGCAAUAUGCUGAUAAGAUGGAAGCAUCCAAAUUAUCACUACAGAAUCUUCUUAGCAUGAGCAAUGCGACCCUCUCCUCACAAUUCAAUAUGAAAAAAGCUCAUAUUUCCCGUUUCAUCAGCAAAGGAAAGAACAUAUCUUGUGCUUAUGAAAGCUGCAAUGGAAGCAUAAAUGGUUCAAAAAAAGGCAACCUACAAACUCUAGAUUUGAAUGCAAAAUCAACUUUAGAUUUGAAGCUCAAUGAGGGGCAUAUCUUUAAGGGAACCGUUUCGGCUAAGCCGGCAGGUUCGAAGCUAUGUGGUUGUAUUCGAACACCUCCAAUCGUCGAAGAUGUAGCUUCAUAUUCUUCUAUAGCAAACGUAGCAGUGCAGAAGCAAACUUCUGAGUAUAAAGUUGGUGUGGAGAGUAAGGUAGCUUCAAAACUUCCAACAAUGAAAGCUUCGGAUUUAUGGAGGGAGAAGGCAGCUAUUUUGUUGUGUAUUCGCCGGCCAGGAUGCAUUAUGUGCCGAGCUGAAGCACACAGGCUUUACUCCAGGAAACCUAUAUUUGAUGCAUUAGGAAUUCAGCUUGUUGCUGUUCUUCAUGAACAAAUUGAAUCCGAGGUGAAAGAAUUUUGGCCUCAUUAUUGGGGUGGUGUUGUUCUUAUAGAUCAAAAAAUGGGUUUCUUUAGAGCUCUUGGAGGAGGACAGCUGCUCAAAGACAGUUUUUUAACUGGUUUUGUUUUGAAUUCUCAAGCAAAGGCCAACUAUAAGGCUGCUAAAGCUACAGGAUUUGAGGGAAAUUAUAGAGGAGAAGGUCAAAUCAAAGGUGGGAUGUUUAUAGUUAGGAAAGGAAGAGGAGGUAUUGCAUAUCAGUUCAUUGAAAGGAAUUUUGGUGAUUGGGCACCUAUUGCUGAAGUGGUGGAGAUUUGCAAUCGGAUAAAGAAUGAAUUGCAAAGCCAUGGGGAAUAGAUGAGGUCAGAGGAGAGUGACGUUGCAAGUUCAUAUGUUGAUGAUUGUGAUUGUUAUUACAGAUCUGUUGCUGAUAUAUCUUUUGAUUUCAUUUCUUUUUAAUGUGAUUAUUUGCUUGGUAAUGUAAGAAUGAUACAGAACCUUGAGUGACAAGUACUAAUGCAAUUAUCUCUUCUUUAUAUGUGGAAUGAAGCCUUCUCUACCUAGAUCUAAAGAGGCUUGAUCAUGUAAAAAUUUCAAAUUUAAUUCACCAGAAUUUUAGUAGUUGGAGAUCAAAUCUAAGGGCAUUGACCAUGCAUCCAUCCAUAAUUCCAUAUGCCAUAGCAAAAAGGGAAUUUUUUUCCUUCUAUUGUAAGAGCUAUAGUUUCCAUGAGAGUUAUCAGAACCACCCAGUUUAACUAAGGUUUCUAUACAUGACCGUUAUAGAUAAUUCUGAGAUUGGUAAGGGUGACAUCCAAUAACAUUCUGGAGUUACUCACAAUCACAUUUGUCCAUUUGAUUUUCAGUGAUUAAGAGCAAAAAACUCAUAAAAAUCAACAAAGUUUUGACAAAAGUUGAUGGCUUUGAUUCAAACUUUAUUAUGGAGAUAUGCAUGGAACUGGAAAUAGAAGCAGCAUUAACAAUAUUUUCUGCUACCAGUAAACAUUUUGAUUAAACCUUUAUAAUGGAGAUAUGCACAGAACUAGAAACAGAAGCGCCAUUAAUAAUAUAUUCUGUUACCAGUAAACAUUUUAUAAUGUUUGAGUCGAGU